GUCAACUUUGUGCCAAUGUCAAUUGUCACGUGAAUUUUAUAGCCGAUGAGUGACCGCUGACAUACCUACCAAAUAUUAUAUUUGUUAUUUUUGUAACUUAUUUGGUAUUUUGCUAUCUAAGGAAAAUUUCUAACUAUGAAGUCAUAAAAUAUUUCAUUAUCUGAUUUAAGUGUUGCUGUUUUAUAUUAAGUUUUUCAGUGUUAUUAAUACGAAUUCGAAAAUGGCUUAUUUGUGCAGUCGAUAUAAAAUAAUUGUCCUGAUCAUGGUUGUGCUAAUUAUGUGGCAAGUUUAUGCUAAUUAUUCUCGUUUUGUCUUGAAAAAAUCUGCAACUACGCAAGCGAGUAAUAUACUACAAUUGGAAGAUGAUGCAUACAAUACGCAUAAACAGAACAAAGUUAAAAUAAGAGUGUAUUAUGAAACACUAUGCCCAGACUCAAAGCACUUUUUUAUUAAGCACUUAGGGCCAGUUACUGAAAAGCUUUCAGAUUUCAUUGAUGUGGCUUUAGUUCCAUAUGGGAAAGCAACUACAACAGAAAAAAAUGGACAGUAUUACUUCAAAUGUCAGCAUCUAGAGGAAGAAUGCUAUGCUAACAAAGUACAUGCCUGUAGUAUAGACAUUCUAAAUAAUAUGGUAUCAGCUGUGAAGAUAACAGUGUGCAUGAUAGAAGAUAAUUAUGAUGCUGAUGCUGCUCUGUCACGGUGUGCGAAACAAUUGAAUAUUGAACCAGAACCUAUACUUAACUGUGCUGGCAGUGCUCAUGGCUCAGAACUAUUAAAGAAAUAUGGUGACGAUACACAUAUCUUAAAACCGACUUUUAUACCAACUAUAUUAUUGAAUAGUUCAAAGGACAAUCAAGCAGCUAUACUUAAGAAUUUCCUGUUAGAAGUAUGCAAAUUAAUAGCAAUGCCACUACCGCCUCCGUGUUUGUGACAUUUCCGACUAAUUCGUAACAAAUACAUUCAAUUAAAUUAACCAAAAGUCUGAGAAUAUUGACAUAAUAUACAUACAUAUAUGAUAUUAUGGAUUUAUCAUAAUGCAUAAUGCAUACAUGUGAUCCAUUGUGUCUGGUUUAUGCAGACAAAUUGCUUUGAUUUUAACUGAAUUUUAUAGGGAUUCCAAUGUAUUAAGUAUUUGUUCCUGUACUACUUUUGUUCCUUAAAAUGGUAUUAGUAAUUGUAAUUAUUGUAUUAAAUUACAUAUAUUCUAUUUGGAUUUGUGAGGCUAUUAAAAAUUAUAUCUAAAUUAUUUACUUUUUAAAUAGUGAAACUUCUUUACAAUCAAUCUAUUUAUCUUUACAAAUAUCUUAUAUUGGGUUGUGUUUUAAUACUUAUUAAGUUUUUUAGGAACUGAUAAUUAAGGAUUUUUUGUAUCAAUUAGGUUCUUGCCAAAUACUAAAACGCUCACUGUGAUUAGUUUAAGGCUGGUUACAGAGCUUGACCGACCGUCAGUGCGUACCGUCGGUCCUGACGAUACGCAUCAACAAUUGUAUGACUAUGACACUAAUGCGCAUGACAAUACGCGUGCGUAUGGUCGGUCUAGCUAUG